GCGCCAGUGCCCCUCCAUCCAGGCCAGCCCGCGCGUGCGCCCAAGCUGCCGGCGCCGCUGCUGGUCGGACUUCCCAUGAGCGCCACCGGAGGAGGAGGAGGAGGAGGAGGGGGCGUCGCGGAGCCCGACCCCAGCCCCGCGGCCCCCGCGCCCCCGCCUCUCCCUGCCGCCGCCGGAGACAGCGCCAAGGGCAGCCCCGGGGUGGCGGUGGUGGGGGGAGCCGGAGCCGGGCCGGCAGGAGGAGCCGGUCCCGCCGCCGCCUCGUCUUCGUCGUCUGCGCUCGCCGCCGCCCCGGCCGAGGGUCCGUCGUCGUCGUCGGUGCCCAACGGGGUGUUCGUGCCGCCCGGCGGGGCCGCCAACGGGGAGACCAAGCCCGCCGCCCUCGCCUCCCCGGCCACGGCGGCCUCCAGCGCCCCACUCGUCGACUUCCUCCUGCAGCUGGAGGACUACACGCCCACGAUCCCGGACGCCGUCACCGGCUACUACCUGAACCGCGCCGGCUUCGAAGCUUCCGAUCCGCGCAUCAUCCGCCUGAUCUCGCUGGCAGCCCAGAAGUUCGUCUCGGACAUCGCCAACGACGCCCUGCAGCACUGCAAGAUGAAGGGAACAGCCUCUGGCAGCUCCCGCAACAAGAGCAAGGACAAGAAGUACACGUUGACCAUGGAGGAUCUGGCCCCGGCCCUGGCCGAGUACGGCAUCAACGUGAAGAAGCCCCACUACUUCACCUGACCCCCUUCCCCGCCUCUGAAGUGCUUUUGGACUGCAUUUUUCUGCGCCCCCCCCCCCCUUGUGAAGUUGGUGGAGGUGCCAUUAAAGACCUCCUGACUUGG